UUGCGGGUAUCGCUCGUACCAAUGACCACGACCGUUCACAGCUAUCGACUUACCCAAAGGACUCGCCCAUGCGUGACUCGGCGGCACCGCGCGCGAAGCGUUUAUGACUGCGUUCGCACAGCUACAGCUUCGCUCACUACCGCGCGUACCUCUGAGCUCGGGCUCGCUGUUAGCAUUACCAGCACUCAGACCGACCAAUCGGUUUCUGCACUCAAUCCAGGAACGCACUUCGUCAACAUCCCUAUCAGGCAUGCCUGUCAUAGUCGUUCCCGCUAAAACGACUGAGGAUGUCAAGGGAAAGCUUAGAUAUAUCGAUAUCGGAGUGAAUCUGACAGACUCCAUAUUCAGAGGAUAUUACCACGGAAGAAAGAAGCACGAUGAUGAUCUCGAGGCCGUGCUCGAGCGCGCCCGCGCUGCAGGCGUGCAGUCCAUGAUCGUCACCGGCGGCAGCCUGCACGAGUCAAGAGAAGCACUAGAGAUCGCGAAGCAGUACGGAUUCUACGCGACGGUCGGCUGCCACCCGACGCGCUCGAAACAGUUUGAUCAGUUCAAGGGUGGUCCGGAGGCCUACCUUACCGAACUCGAUAUCCUGAUCGAGAGCAAUCUGAAGGGGAAAGGAAGAGUUGUUGCAGUAGGAGAGUGUGGAUUAGAUUACGAUAGGACGCAUUUCGCUUCGCCUGAGGUGCAGAGAAGACACUUCAAAUCUCAACUGGCACUUGCGAAGAAGUACCAUCUUCCUCUGUUCUUGCAUUUACGCGCCGCGCACGCAGACUUCGUUCGAAUACUGAGAGAGGAAGGAUUCGAUAAAGAUGGCGGAAAGGCUGUCGGCGGGAAUGGCGGUGCCGUGCAUAGUUUCACGGGGACGGCAGAAGAGGCGACGGAGCUCAUGGAUAUGGGUUUCCACAUCAGCGUGAAUGGAUGUUCGCUCAAAACGGAAGAUAACCUCUCCGCGGCGAAAGCAAUACGCCCUGACAAGAUCAUGUUCGAGACAGAUUCCCCGUGGUGCACUCUGACCUCAACACACGCAUCAAAGGCCCACCUCGUCUCACUCCCAGCAUCUCUCAACGCUCUCUACUUCCCUCCCGCCAACAGACCAGAGGCGUUCGUGUACGGAAAGCCUGUCAAGGGCCGCAACGAGCCGUGCGCCAUCGGCGGCGUCGCGUGGGUGAUUCACCGGCUGAACGAGGGCGUGCCGUUCGAGAAGGUGACGGAGAAGGCGUGGAAGAACACGGUGGCGGUGUUCGGGUUGCAUGAGCUGGCGGACGGAUGAUCGUUGUCGCGAUUGGAUAUUUUUUUAUAAAAUCCUUCGCGGGUUCCGCCGUGCACCGUGUUACAGUUCGCUGUGCCAUGCUCUACGAUGAUUCCCUAGGGUUUGCGCGAUUACCGGUUACCGCGUCGACAACAGAGGACGCGUCGCGUCGUUCAUUGAACGCGUCCACGUGACCCCAUCGCGUUUUGCCUCGCGCUCACUGCAUGAUGAUUGCCGGCUGAUACGUUCAAUGGAUGCAUUGCACAGCACACGGACAGGGUAGUGCACCUCCCCAGUAUUCGCAGGCGUUGCAAUGAGGACAGACGGCAGUGCUGCAUAACGCCAGAGUACAUGUGAAUCCUCGUGAUUCCAUCCGUGUUGAUAUAUUUCAUGUACACUGUCAGAUACAAUAUUUACAUAUGUCCUAGAU